CUUAUAUACAUGGGACAUUGAUACAAGUUUUGACAGGUGAAUAGUUGGAUGUACGUUCCCAAAGCGUAAGAUACUGGGGACAUUUUGGCGUCUUGUAUUUAAGCAAGUUUAAGAAAACCAACCAUGGGAGAAGUUGAGGAGGAGGUUAUUGAACGGGGGAAUUGGGGGAGCAAGGCUGAUUUCCUCUUGUCAUGUAUCGGGUUCGCAGUCGGGCUCGGAAACGUCUGGCGGUUUCCUUACCUCGCCUACAGCGAUGGUGGAGCUACCUUCCUCAUCCCGUACAUCAUAAUGCUGAUUCUUGCUGGUCUCCCCUUGUUCUACAUGGAACUUGCUUUGGGGCAGUUUGCAUCAGAAGGACCCAUUACGGUCUGGAAAGUGAGCCCAAUUUUUACAGGAAUUGGAUUCGCCAUGGUGUGGAUUAGCGCGACGGUGUCAAUUUACUACAAUGUCAUCAUCACGUGGGCCAUCUACUACAUGUUCGUCUCGUUUGUCUCCCUUGACGACAAGUUGCCAUGGCAAACGUGUAACAACACGUUUAACACGGAGAAAUGCAGAAUAGAACCAUAUCCAGAUGUUCUCAGCAUGAACGAGAGUUUUGCUGAGAAAGCAAUAUGGGGUGAAAUGUUCAAGAGAAACUGCGUUGCAGACAGAAUAGCGUGGGAAAACAUUACCACUCCGUACAAUUUGACGAACGUGGCGGAAAUCAACAGCACCAUUUCCGUGAGCAAGGAGUUCAAGAAGGGUUUCGCCGACUGCAAAUUCGAAUACAAGACAUCGAGUGAAGAGUACUUUAACAACUUCGUCCUACGAAUGGACCAAUCCGUCGGUCUGGAAGACGUGGGAAUGGUGAGCGUGAAAAACGUACUCACUCUCUUGGUGGCGUGGCUUUUGAUUUUUGCGUGCCUUAUGAAGGGGGUCAAAUCGUCCGGCAAGGUCGUGUACUUCACGGCCACGUUCCCCUACAUAGUGCUGGUGAUCCUGCUCGUACGGGGCGUCACGUUGCCUGGAUACAUGAAAGGAAUCGAGUUCUACGUCAUCCCCAAAGUGGAGAAACUGGCAGACUUUACGGUGUGGGGUCACGCCGCUACACAGAUCUUCUACUCGCUGGGGCCUGGCUUUGGCGGCUUGAUGACCAUGUCUAGUUACAACAAAUUCAAAAAUAACUGCUAUGUAGAUGCGGUCGUGGUGGCUGUGAUCAACUGCAGUACGAGUAUUUUCGCUGGAUUCGCCAUUUUCUCACUGCUCGGCUUCAUGGCUGAACGAACAAAUCAAGACAUUGAGAAUGUUGUAGAUCAGGGUACUGGACUUGCCUUCAUCGCUUACCCAGAAGGCAUCGCGCAACUUCCGGCUGCACCUGUGUUCGCCUUCCUAUUUUUCUUCAUGUUGCUAACUUUAGGACUCGACAGUCAGUUCGCCAUGAUGGAGACGGUGAUCAGCGCGUUUACCGACAUGUUCCCCGGAAAGCUUCGAAAACACAAGGUUCUCUUCACACUGUUCUGCUGUACCGUGGGCUUUAUAGCCGGAAUCCCAUUGGUUACAGAGGGCGGCAUAUACGUGUUCAAUUUGUUUAACUCCUACACUGGCUCCUACCAGCUAAUAUUGGUAUCCUUAGCUGAACUUGUGGCUAUAAUGUACGUUUACGGUAUUAAUAACUUUUGCAAGGAUAUAGAAAUGAUGAUUGGUUAUCCACCUAAUAUAUACUGGAAGGCGAUGUGGUUUGUCAUUACUCCAGGUGUUAUUGUGUUUAUUGUGAUCUCAUUCGCUUAUGGCCAUGUUCGGCUGACUUACGGCACAUACACCUAUCCAGACUGGGGCGAAGCUGUUGGUUGGCUCUUCGUCGCAAUCCCACUAAUCAUGAUGGUGGUUACGGCCAUCUACAUGGUCUUCAAAAUGGGCUUGCGCGACGCCUUGAGGCCGCUACCCACUUGGGGUCCCGCUAUGCCAGAAGACAAAAUCGGUCGCUAUGCCGCAGUCAACUAUGGUUACGAUAACGAAGGCGGGGAUCUGCCUUUUACCGUAGUGAACGGCAAAGAACCCGUAAACCCCGAAGAUGUGAAGCCACAUUACAUAAAUGAAAAACUAUGAAAAGAUUUUUGAAUGAGUUAUUUUUUUAACAAUGUAAACAGACUGUACAGUUUUAAUAGAAAAUGUUUUUUUGUUUUUUUUACAUGACAUUCAUAAAAAAAACUAUGCACCAUAAUUUGUUAUAACAAUACAUUGCUUUUUAGAUGUACUUUAGUGGAAAGGGGUAUAUUGCUUUUAAACUAAAAUCAAUAAUAUAAAUGUUAUUAUUUUAUUAUUAAAUAUUGUAUGGAGUAGAAAUAUUUAUUACAUGUAUUUUUCUAGUUUUGUGUGUUUCAUUCACUACUUUGAUGUCCGUAUCAAUCAUACAAUGUAUAAAAGAAAAUCUGUGUGUAUAUAUAUAUAUAUAUAUAUAUAUAUAUAUAUAUAUAUAUAUAUAUAUAUAUAUAUAUAUAUAUAUAUAUGAUUAUAUUUUGUAUGUUUGUAUGUGUUACCCAUACCAUAUCAGAUAUUAUUUUAGUCUUUAAUCUUUGUUUUACAUUGCGGGAAUACUGCAAAGGCUGUGCACGUUACCUGCAAACAGGUGGUUAAGUAUCGAGAUAAUAUAAUAAAAAUAGCUUCUACAACAAUCUGUGUACUGUUAUAGAGUACAACAUGAUGCUAUAAUAUACAUUUGUAUUGUACAAUGACAAUGAUUACAUUUAUAGUAUGGAAUACAAUGGAUUUUGUUAUAUGCUCACAAAUAUAAUACCUCACAUGACUGUAUGAUAUGAGAAGACGACAUAAUACUGACGUCCAAUAGAAACUUUACAAGGCUUGAAAUUGCAUUAUACAAAACCAACAAAUUGUAUGGUGGGAUAUUAAAAUAUGAUGAUGCUGAACAUCGAAAUGUGACAAUGCACUUCGUUAUACAUACAAAAUGUUUGUAAGGUGAUUUCUGAAUUUAUUUAUUUUUUCAAUUAGCAACAAUAUUUAUGAAAUAAUUCAAAUUCUAUAUAUAACAAAGAUUCUUUUGGAUGUCGGUAUACCUUUAACUGGGUUUGUGUAACUGGAUGUAUUCUGGUAGGCAGUAACUAACCUAAACGUUGUGUACAAGGGUUGGGUCAGGUCAGGUCAGGUCAGGUCAGAGAGUUUAACGUGCACAUUCAGAGCAAGCUAUUGUAGCGCACGCCUGUCCUGGGCGCAGAUGUCGGCCUCAGCCGGUUCCUCCGUCCAGGACAGGAAAGGGGAGGGGAGGGUGAAGGGGGGACCGCCUGCACUGUCAGGUGUAAGGGAGCACCUGCAGUCCGACCGUGAUCGGUAACAAGGGUUAGGAUUACUGUUUGUUUUAUAGCAACCUAACAUAUCCCAUAGCAAUAACAAAGAACAAUGGGUGGUGCGUUUUCAUUGAAGUCCAGUAUGUGUCGGGCGAGUCAGAAAAACGUUCCGAGAUUUAACGUGUAAAAUUUUACAUAUUAUAAGAUCCCGAUGACGAAGCAUUCAAAAUGAUAUAUUACUGUUGUUCCUAACUGAAUUUCAUUCAUUUAUACUUAUUUUCGUGCUUCUAAUUAAUUAAGGUUCAAGCACGCUGUCCUGUGCAGGCACACGUCAGCUAUCUGGACUGUCUGUUCAGGACAGUGGGUUAGUGUUUAGUGAGAGAGUACUACACCUAUCCACUACGUUUUCGAACUUAGAACCUUCCAGGCUUAAAUCAAAGAUGAUUGAUCGGUUCACCGCCUUUUUUCGCAACGGCUCGCAAACGUUUCUUGCGUAAAGUAAUCCUUCAUAUUAGCCAGAUUUCAUUAGCCGACGUUAUAUACAUGGUAGCGUUGUAGAUAGCCCUCGUAUAUGUAAUGUUCCGCGAUAGUCUUAUUUUUAAAUGAAAUAUAAAUAAACAUAUAUUUUGAAUUUUAAGAUUGUUGUAUUUCAUCGCUGUUGUUACUCUUCCGACGAGUGGUAAAACGAAAGGAUGUCAUGAACUGUAAAUGUUGUACAAAUUAUUCCGUGUUAUUUUGUCUGUUUUAUUUCAUUAUAUAUGGCUCGCUGUAUUAAUGCACAGUCAAAUCUGUGUUAAGCAACCACACAAGUGAGUACAAGAAGAAGACAUUUUAGGACAUGUGGCUGUUUAAUACAGGUAACCUUGUACUUUAUUAGAUGGUAUUGGGAAAACAAUAGUGAUUUCUUAAGACAGGUGGCUGCUUUAUAAAGUGGCCGCUUUAGAAGGUUUUACUCUAUAGUGCCCUUGUGUGUAAUAAACAAAUGCUGAUACGUGAACUUGUAUGUUUUCAGUAUCUUCCUUAAUAUUCUCUGCGUCUGAAUUUUGGAUUGUGGCAUUAUUAAAUUAAAUGUUCUAGAUCGACAUUCUGUAUUUGUGUUAUUGUAUUUGUGCGAUACAUAAUAAUCAUAUGAAGAUGAGGCUAAUAUAUGUAAACACCUGGAUCAAUGAAUAUAUAUAUUCUUCCCCCAUCCCAUACAGUACGUGUGUGACAUAAUCCAGGGAGUGCAGGGCGGUGGAUUUUCAUUUAACCACUUUGAUGCUACAACAUCUUUAAAAUUAGUUGGGGGGGGGGGGGGGGGUUCAAUCCCCAUCCCUAAUAAAAUUGCAGCCGUCCACUACUUGUGUUCAUGAACAUUUUCCUGACAACCUUGUAAAUAAUGGACUUAGUCGUUAUCACUCGACAUUUGAUUCUGUGUAUCUGUUAAAAUUUCAAUUUGAGACAAAAUAACUUUGCAUUAAUCAAAACAGACGCGGAAUGGGGUGGGGGGUGUAUUGUGUUUCUGUUUGCAUUAGAUAAUAAUAGAUAUACCAUCUUUUUAAACAGGAUUUUAUACAGAAUUUUAAUCUUUAAUAGAGAUUAAUUUUGAAAAAUAAAAUCUAUUCGAGUAAUUGGCCACGUUUCACUAAGGCUAGGGUCAGACUACCAACCGCCAGAACAGAGUUGACCAACUGUCUGCUAGCAGGACUACGACUGUCCAGUUGCUAGUCUGAGCGCUCUUACAACUCGAUUCUCGUCGUAUACGACUUCUACGAUCAGUUAGUUGUCAAUCUGAGCUCACCCAUCUAAGUUGGCAGUUGGGGGAAAUUACAACACAACUUCGUCGUGUCAGUUGGCAGUCUGAAACUAGCAUAAAACAUUGGAUUUAAUGAUCGUGUUCACAUUUGGAAGGUUGAUGUUUUUUUCGACUAUGAUUUUACAACUCAUACUGGCACUUUGUCUUACCUCGGGAUGAAGCUUUUGCUAAAUGUAAAAUAGUCCUAUUUUUGUACGCAAACUUUGUUGAAAACUGUCUUUCUUUUAUAAUAAUUCCACAUAUGUAUUAAAUCUUUUUAUAAUAGGAAUUAGCAUAUUUUUAAAGACAUUCCACCUUUUUGGUUUUACUAUUUAGAGCAGUUUUUGUUCUAUGGAUAUUACUGUUUACAACUAUAUGAAUUUAUGUGCUUUUUUUCGGAUACAAAAUAUAUAUACGUGUAUGUAGAUAAUCUAAUAUAUUAGUACAGUCGUGUUUGUUGCAAUAGUCCGUGUGAAUUUUCGAAGUUUAGUCUUAAUUUCAUUUUGAUAUUGGGUUUACGUCGUGUAUACAUAAAAAAAAAAACCCGAUGCAAAUUGUAUAUUGUAGAUAUAUAUGGAUGAUCAUUACAAUAUUGUUGAACAUAGUUGUUUCAGCAUUUGAAAAUGCACAGUAUGUUUGUCUCAUUCGCCUUAUGCUUGACAGCUAAGUAUAUUUGCAUAAGAAUACUUUUCAACAGUAUGUGUUUAGGCCUAUUUGUUUUUAAUCAAAAUUCAAAAACAAAAGGAUCAUGCAUUAUGCGCAAUAUGCCUAUACUUGAAUUUAACGAAAUGGGCCAUAUAUAAGAUGAAACAUCUAAAAGAUAUCUCAUUUUCAUCCAUAUGCAAAGAAAUCCCAUAUUAAAAAUAAAUUCACGACAUGCUACCUAACUCAAUGAAACAUUUCAUUUCAAUAUGGAAGCGAGGCUUGUGCUUCCAUAUGUGUUCCAUGUUCAACUCAUAUAAUUUAUUAUAUUUCAUACACACUAUGUUCAUUUUAGGUUGUUUACAACUGUUUAUACUAUUAUAUUUUUGAUAUUUUAUUUCAUUUGUUUCAAAACUAUGUCUUAACAUUCACACUGUGCAAUGUUUCGUCAUUUGAUUCUGUAAUUGUUUUUUUCUUUUCGGUGAUCUUAAACAAGCUUUGUUCCAUUCGUUCUUUAGGUUACAGUCAAUCGAAUAAAGCUAAAAUAAACAACGUGAUAGUUACAAAGUUCAAUUAUUGAUAAUACGUACAUAUCCGGUAGUUGUGGAAACAAGUGAAUUCGCAAUAUAAAUAAUAGCGUGAUACCUCUACAGUUUACGUUUCAGUGAGCAGUUUGGAUUAAAGUUUGAUGCCUUUUGUCGUCAUGUAACGCGGGUUCUUCCAUUUGGCUGCGCGGUUUUACGUGUUCUUGUUUAGAAUGUUAGUCACAAUGUCAGUAUAUCCAGUGUUUGUAUGAUCUUACUAAUUUUGGCAGUAGCUCAAUCUUCGUUUUAUUUCCUGAUACGAAGUCCCUCAGGACGACGAAAAACACACUGAGUUUACAGACACUAACAUUCAAGACAACACAAUAUAUUUGAGAUGUAAUUCUACUCGAUACAAAGGUUCUACUAGUCGAUAACAUGUUAUAGUGGAAGCAAACCCGGGACACUCUCUUUAACAGCUUUGAUGUGCAGAUCAGCUGCCGACAUGAUUCGGCUAAAUUGUUUUGUCACAGAAACAUUUACUAUUAUCGUCUAGUACAACGCAGAGCGAUGUGGGAAUAUCUAUGUUGUCGGAGUUGAACUAAAAUAGUGUAAUAUCUAAAUAUCCAAGUUAUUUAUCAGAUAUAUCAUGUAAGUGAGAAUUGCAGUUUACAGUUCGAAUAAUCAGAAGAAAUGUUUUUAGAUUGACAUUUAGAACAGUUCAUGUGUAAUAGAAUAUCAAAAUCGUAAUACGAAAUAAAGCAUUUUAUUCAGA